AUGGCAUAUAGGGCCAAAACACAUGCAUCAGAUGAAGUGGCAGGCUCCUUUACUAAGCAAUAUACUAGAAUAUAUGAUUAUGCUCAUGAGUUAUUAGAAAGAAACCCUGGGUCUACAAUCAAGGUCAAAGUUGAGCCAUUUGAUGGGAAAGUAAUAUUCCAAAGGUUUUACGCAUGCCUAAAGGCUUGCAAAGAUAGCUUUCUUUCAUGUAGGCCAAUCAUUGGCCUUGAUGGAGCCUUCUUGAAAGGUCAACAUCAUGGUGAGCUAUUAACUGUUGUGGCCAGAGAUGCAAACGACCAAAUGUUGCCAUUGGCGUAUGCAAUUGUUGAAGUUGAGAAUAAAGACACCUGGAAAUGGUUUCUGGAGCUCCUGAUUGAAGACCUAGGUGGUAGAGAUGGUUUAAGAUAUGCUGCAGAAGAUGUUAUUCUUGGAGUUGCACAAAGAUUUUGUGUAAGGCAUUUAUAUGCCAACUUCAGGAAAAAAUUUCCUGGAAAAAACUUGAAAAGGCUUAUGUGGAGGGCAGCUACAGCAACUCAUCCACAACAAUGGGAGACUGAGAUGAGAAAGAUGAAAGCUGUUAACGUAGAUGCUUUUAGACAUCUCAUGGGAAUUGCUCCAAGGUUUUGGUCAAGAUCAAGGUUCACAUCCACAACUCAAAGUGAUACCUUAGUGAAUAACAUGUCAGAAGCUUUUAAUAGCGUUCUGGUAAAUACAAGGACAAAACCCAUUAUUUCAUUGUUGGAGGACAUCAGAUUGUAUAUGAUGAAGAGAUGGGCCACUAAUAGGUCACGGGUUACUUCUUUUAAGUCAUCAAUUUGUCCUAAAAUUCAGAGUAGACUAAACAAGGAGGCACAACAAACAAAGUAUUGGAUUCCCAGGAAGUGGAGCAUCAGUGGAAUUCCUUGUGUGCAUGCAUUGACAGCAAUGAGGUUUCUGAACCUAAAUGCAGAGGACUAUGUACCACUAUGCUUCAAAAAGUCAACCUAUGAAGAGAUGUAUUCCUCCAUUAUAUACCCCAUUAAUGGAAAACAUCUAUGGGAGGUCACUGAAUAUCAAGAUGUCUUGCCUCCACCAAAAAGACAAAUGCCUGGUCGUCCUAAGAAGAAAAGGAGAUUAGAGCAAUGGGAGUUGAAGAAAAGUACCACNAAAAUGUCAAAGGGGGGCUUACUCAAAAGAUGUACCAUGUGUAGGGAAGUGGGACACAAUAAAAGAAAUUGCCCUAACAGAAGCCAAGUGCAGGAAGAGGGACAACCUAGUACAUUGCCUCAGGGUGAACCACAUGGACCAGAUACCCAGGGUGAACCACAUGGAGCAGAAACCCAUCCUUGA